UAAAAGCUUCUUCACGGGCCUUUGUCUCCCUUCCCUUCCCUUCCCCUCUCUCCUUAUUUUCCAAAACGACGCCACCUCUUUGUCGUUUCAUCUUCUAUCUCUCUCUCCACCUGCCUCCCCUUCACCACAACCCAGGAAAACCUACUGUGAAAACACAAACACACAUUUCAUAUUUCAUAUCUAUAGAUACAAAAAAAACCAAACACAAUACCAAAUAACAUCAUUGAAUCUUUGACAUAUUUGUCACAAGUUUUUUUAUUUUAUUAAAAAUAGCACCAUGGAUUAUCAGAUCUAUGGUGCAUUUACAACAGCUACAUUUAUUAUAUGUGUCAUGUUUUUGGUCCAAACUACUUUUACAACAACAAAUGCUAGUAGUGUUGCACCAUCUUCUGAUGACCCAAAUAUCAAAUCUAGUACGACCCAGAUCAACUCAAACUCAGUUCUUGUUGCACUUCUUGAUUCACAUUACACUGAGCUAUCUGAGCUAGUUGAGAAAGCCAUGCUGUUACAAACUCUAGAAAAUAUUGUUGCCACUAAGAAUGUUACUAUAUUUGCACCCAGUAAUGAAGCUUUGGAAAGACAUUUGGAUCCUGAGUUUAAACGGUUUUUACUUGAACCCCGGAACUUGAAAUCUUUGCAGAAUCUGUUGCUGUACCAUAUUGUUCCGGGUCGGGUCGGGUCGGAGGAAUGGGGUGGGUAUGAGACGCUGUGUGUUGAGGAAAGUGAGAAUUGGUUGGUGAUGAGUAGUGGAGAAGAAUCCGGGGAGAAAAUGGUGGGCGGGUUAGCGAAAGUGACCCGACCCGAUGAUGUGGUGAGACCCGAUGGGUUGAUUCAUGGGAUUGAGAGGUUGUUGGUGCCUAGAUUGGUGCAAGAAGAAUUCAAUAAGAGGAGAAGUUUGAGUUCGAUUUCUGCGGUUUUGCCUCAAGGAGCUCCGGUUGUGGAUCCCCGGUUGAAGAAACCAGCUAGCCCGGUUCCCGCCGGAGCUCCACCGGCCUUGCCGAUUUAUGACGCGAUGGCUCCGGGGCCGUCGCUUGCCCCGGCUCCAGCGCCCGGACCUGGUGGGGCCAAACACCACUUUGAUGGAGAAAGCCAGGUUAAAGAUUUUAUCCAAACCCUGCUACAUUAUGGUGGCUACAACGAAUUAGCGGAUAUUUUGGUGAAUUUAACAUCAUUAGCUACGGAAAUGGGGAAAUUGGUGUCAGAGGGUUAUGUGUUAACGGUGCUGGCACCAAAUGACGAAGCUAUGGCUAAACUAACGACAGACCAGCUGAGUGACCCCGGUGCGCCUGAGCAGAUCAUUUAUUAUCAUUUGAUACCCGAGUAUCAAACUGAAGAGAGUAUGUAUAAUGCUGUACGGCGGUUCGGUAAGGUUCAGUAUGAUACAUUACGGCUGCCUCAUAAGGUGGUUGCAGAGGAGGCUGAUGGGUCAGUGAAGUUCGGUUCGGGAGAGGAGUCAGCGUAUUUGUUUGAUCCGGAUAUAUAUACAGAUGGUAGGAUAUCGGUGCAGGGUAUUGAUGGGGUUUUGUUUCCGAUCGAGCAAACGGUGGAGAAGCCUUCCAGCGAGGUUGUUCCACCUGUGCCAGCGAAAGUUGUGGCUAAGCAAAAUAGAGGGAAAUUAUUGGAAGUGGCAUGUUCGAUAGUUGGAGCAUUUGGACAAGAUUCUCAAUUUACAAGCUGUCAUUAAGACAUAGAUAUAUAUUUUCCAACAAUUCAAGAAAAUGGAUUAAAACUGGAAAAUAGAACAGCCACAUAGCCACACACUCAAAGAUUUCUGAAAGGAAGGUGUCCAGAUAUAUAGCAAAAACAGAUAUUAAAAGGGUUAGCAGAUGGAUGUUGCAGCUUGCAUUCAAGGAAGUUUCCCUGUUUAUUUUUUUCUAUAUGAUAAUUCUUUUACAUAUUUAUCUUGAUAUAUUUUUGGGGUCUGUGUUUCUAAGAUUACUGUAAUUACUACUACUACUAGCAGAAGUGGUUUUUUGGUUUGCUUUUGGAAACACAUUAUUAUGCAAAUACAUAAAAUCAUUUGUACAACAA